CCAAGGACGUGUGCACCGAAUUCCGAAUCGCAUCCGUCUUGCUUGUAAAGGAGCGUCCCAAGGACUCAGCCUCGCUACACCUGUAUGAGACCCCGGCGGGUGCUACAGCACAUAAGGAUGGAGCUCGACAGACUCGGAUCUGUAGACAUGCAAAGGAGAUGCUUGUUCGGGCUGCUGACUGUUGCCUGCAUCUUAGUACUUCCAUCUGCAGCAUCUGUUCCUGCAGUGAUGGUGAAUCUUCAUGACGCUGCUACUCUUCCCUGCUCUGGGAAAUGCUCUGGGUUGGUCAGAUGGUCUGUGUUCCAUAAACCCAGUGACACUCUGGCUGAGUGUGAUCAGACUUCAUGUAGAUCAGUGAAGGAGGGAUAUCAGAUGACCUAUGAUCAGUACCUGAAGGGAGAUCUCUCUCUCACCAUCACUGACACUGAUUUCACUAAGAGAGGCUGGUACACCUGUCAGUGUAAUGACAACAUUGUCUGUGAUGUGAGUCUACGAUUCGAGCCUCCUGAGUAUUCCAAGAAGAUGUAUCUUGGAGAAUCUCUCACCCUGGACCUUCCUGUCUCAGAGCCAGUGAAGGUGACCUUUAACAGGACUGGAGACCUUACUGCCCCUGUGAAGCUGUGUGAAGUUGAGGGCCGUAAAAUCUGGUGUGAUCCUGCCUAUGAGGAGAGAGUGGAGUUCCAAUGUGGUCUAGUGCUGAAGGACUUGAAGGAUUCUGAUGAUGGCAUUUACACCUUAGUGGACACCAAGAACGAAGAGAUCGUGUCUACAUACAAAAUCACAGUCAGAGGCGAGAAGGAGAACUGGAUAUGGAAGAUCUGGGAGAAGGAGAAAUUUGGCAUUGGGCUUGGUGUGGGUGUCUUUCUUGGAGUGUUGCUGGGCUUCAUUGUCGCUGUAUUGUGUCAGAAGAGAAGAACUCGUUAGGGUUAAACUAUGGAAUCAGGUCGCUCUUAGAAGUGCUUCCCUGACGUCAGUCUACUCAAGGCAGCAUGCCGUCAUAAUCUGGGAUCGUCUUCUGCUUAUUUGCUUAAAAAAGACCUGCAUGCAUUGACUUGCCUUUAUUAGCUUUUUUUGCUAUUAAUACUGUGUCAGAGCUGUAAUGAGAUGAUAAUAUAUACGUACAACUGACUCUAAUGAAGAUCUUAGCUCUGCUCUUUUGUGCGAGUGAACUGAGCACACAGACAUACACGCCAUGUUGGAGAGGUCAAGAUUUACUUGCGAUAUUACGAGUUCUUAUGAUUAAAUCGACCAUAACUUCCUUAUUACUCGACCGAUUUUCACCAUAUUUGUUGUGAUAUAAGCCUCAGUCACAAAUCCAUCAAUGUGUGAAUCGUUUCUAGUCUUAAUGCACACAAAAAUAAAAUAGCCCCCCCAAAACACUGCUGUAGUCAGCUUCCUAUUCACCAGCACCUUGUUCAAAUUUUCCUGUUCCACCUUAAACGGUGCAGCAGUUCAUUUCUGGUGCCUUUGGCUCACCAUUUAAACUGGAAUGGGAAAAUUUGAACAAGAAGCUGACUUCAGCCUUGCCUGAGAAGGUGCUAAUCUAUGAUGAAUAUUUAUGUGGAUUUUACCUACAAACCUACAAAUGUUCUACAAACAUUAACAAUCAACUACUACACCAAAUCAAGACCCCCUGUAUAGACUGUUAAAGAAAUAACCACAACCACAUCAGCGGGUUCUUUGUGCCUCACCAACCACACGGCCAUAUCUACACAUAAACAUGAGCCUCGAUCACUGCGUUCUGUCUGUUAUAUAAUCCUCUCCCAUCUUCUGAGAGCAAUGUUCUUGAAAUAGUGGAAUUUUCGACAGAAUCUUUCUUAAACUGCCGCUCUGUAAUGCUACUGAAUGCAUGUUGACCUCCCAAAAACGCCGUCACCAUUGAUGUGCCUGGCUCGACCCAACGUGGCAUCUAUGUUUUACAUAUAUAUGUGAACAGAGACCAAUCAGGCUGUUGAUAUGUGUGACACCCAUAGCCACAUGGUGAUGUUCAACACUGGGAUACACAGGGAGAUAAUGUCAGUAUUACUGAAAAAACCCGUUCAGCUUUGGGUCUCAGAGCUGGUCUAUAACUCACAAGCACAAACGUUCUAGCUCUGUCUGACUUUCAUCUGCAGAUAUUCUACAGGGAUGUGGGUUAUUUAUGUGAUUUACUGUAAAAUCUUUUUAUUCGUGUGUCCUGUUUAUAUAUUAUUUAUAUAUAUAUAUUAUACAUGUAUGUAUGUGUUUUAAAAACAAUAGCCAAGAACCACACAACUGCA